UUUUCAGAUUUUUGACAUUUACUCCAUCUUACUUUGCUUUCCUUUUGCGAAAAUCUAUUUAUAUAAAUUUUGUUUUAUUGUUUGGCUAUUAAAUUCGGCGUUUUUGGCGCCAGCUGAGGAUAAAUAAUAUAUUCACUUAAAAAUAAUACCAAUUUAUAGAAGCGUGAAGUGUAUGAGAAAUAUUAACAUAUCAAUGUAUGCGAAGUAAAUUCAAAUAUUGCAAAACACCGACAACUGUUUAGUUUUAAAUAUUAAGUAAAAACCAUUGAAAAGUCAUAAGCAACAAGCAAUUAUUUACACAAGGGAAAGGUGUGUAAUCAACUAACAAAUCCACAACGGUGCAGAGGCAGCGCAAAUUUGGGCAGCUCAAUCAGUUCGUUCUUUGCAGUCCGUCGUGGCGUUUCUAAAGAAGAGCAACAACGAAGAAAUAACAUCAUGGGUCUUCCACCAUUUAAUGUGUCGGGUAGUCCCUUCAGUGUCGUUCCGAUACACAAUUAUCCCGAGCUAAUGAAGAAGACAUGCGAGCUGAUUAACUCUGAAUGGCCGCGAAGUGAGACAGCUCGCAUGCGUUCGCUUGAAGCUUCCUGUGAUACACUGCCCUGCAGCUUAGUUUUAACUACGGACGGGAUGAAUCGUGUUAUUGCUCAUUGUAAAUUAAGUCCAAUACCGUCCAAAAAGAUGGCCUGCUUCAUUGAGUCGGUAGUGGUGGACAAAAGUUGUCGUGGACAAGGUUUUGGUAAAUUAAUUAUGAAAUUUGCGGAAGACUAUUGUCGAAUUGUGUUGGAUUUAAAAGCAAUUUAUUUAUCAACUAUCGAUCAAGAUGGUUUCUAUGAACGUAUCGGUUAUGAGUACUGUGCGCCCAUUUCAAUGUAUGGGCCGCGUCAUUGUGAGCUGCCCAGUUUAGAGAAUGCCAAAAAGAAAUACAUGAAGAAAGUUUUAUAGAUAUCAAUGCCAGUAUUUUUGAGAAAAACGAAUUGCAAUGUGAAAGCUGGUGAUUUGGAUAUUGGCGAAAUUACGAAGAGAAUGGAGAUCACUUCCAGAGGAGGUUACGUUUACACGCUUUACAGCUUUUAAAGAAAAUAUGCUAUAAUUAGAAAAUACUAUAUCGAAGAAACGCACAAGCUUAUGUCGAUAUUAUUAACAAAUUAAAUUUGUUUUGAACGAAGGAAAUGAAUUACGGACUGUAAAUAGAGAAAGUAUUUAGAUGAUAAAACUAAAAAAUUGAAAUGAGUACAUUUUGUGCCAACUCGGUGAAAUGUCAGCUCUCUCUUCGGAUCAUUCGCUAAUCAAGAAGCCACGCGUUUUGAUGCACUACAAAUAAUUCCAUUAAUAUACGUACAGACUUUUACUGCUAUUGAUUUCUUAAUAUUGCUUUUUGAUUGUAUUUUAAAGUUUGUGUUUAAUUUUUCUGAUAUGCUAAUAAGAGCUGUAGUAUUGCUGGCUAUGUAUUAGCAUUAUCUUUGGCACUCUCGACAAACUAUUUUGCACUUAUUGGUUAUUAAUUAUUACUGUUAUUAAUUUGUAUUAGUUUUUCGAAAUCAGUCUUUGUGUUUAUGAAAUCAAAUAAAUUUAAAAAAAAAAUUUUAUUUUAAAAAUAUUACUUAAAUUCUCAAGUUUUCUAUAAUAUAAAAUCCAGAGGGGACUUUGGCGGUUAACUAAGCUCAGCUGUGUUUUAAACUUAUCAAAGCAAUUAUUAAAUAUUUAGAGUGAGUCAGUCAAUAAAUAUCACACGUUGAAAUCUUCCAAAAGUACAUAAAAGUAAAGUAUGUAUGUGUAGUUUUUUAGGAUAAUACAUUCUUAUGUGAAUAUUGUUUAAGAAUGUAGUUGUUAAUACGCUUUGUAGAUUUAGAAAUAUAUAUAAUAUUAAAUACGUAACCGAAAGUGAAAUACAAACAUACAACGCAACAUAUUGAAACGCAAUGAGUUAUAAAACGAAAAAUAUUAAAAC